AUGGUGAACAAAAGAAUUCAAAAGUUGCUUCAAAAUACCAGAGGACGAUCUAGAAGAGAAGAAUCAAAUAAUAGAGGAUUAAAUGGUGAAAAUGAACCACAAGAUGUACCACUGCCGCACUCUCCAUCGAGAACAAAAAAUGCUGAAUUGGACUUACAACACAAUGUUGAGCAUAAUGAGGAAGGUUCAUCUCAAAGGAGCCAAAAUACACGGGGCAGGACAGUGAUGAGAGAUGUUCAUUCAUUAGGUCCCAAUGACUUACUAGUUGUAAGAUUUAAUGAAAGGGGUCAACCUUAUGGAGAAAUGCAACCCACACUUUCAAAUUUUGUGGGAACGAUUGCUCGAAAUGGAAACUUGUUACCCCUUAGUUUUCUAGACUGGAGGAAAAUACCUAAAAAUCAUUUGGAUCUUGCAUGGGGAUAUGUAACUGAACAUUUUUGUAUCCCUACUCGCCACAAAAAAAUUGUGAUGCAAAUGAUAGGAGUUGCAUGGAGGCGAUGGAGGGCCGAAGUCAAGGCAACGUCUUAUGACCCAAAUAUUCCUUUAGAUGAGCUCUUGCAAAUUUGUCCUGUCCCUCAUAAGCUAACACUCGAGGUUUGGGAAACUUUAUGUGACUAUUGGAAGAAGAAUGAGAGAAUGUCAAAAAUUAAUAGAGAAAAUGCUCAUAAAAAACGAAGAAUUUAUGCACAAGGACGCAUAAAUAUUCCAACAUUGGAAGAUAAACUUUUUCAGGAAAAUGGUGUAAAGCCUACCCGUAUUGAAAUAUUAGAAUUAAGUUGUCAUAGUAAAAAGAAAGGAAGGUCUCCUAUUGCUGAUGAAGCUAUACAACAUGAGGCUUUAUUGAAUGAGGCUAUGAAACGCCAUCUCCAAGACAUGCCGGAGGGAACAGAUCCAAGACAAGUGCAUGAGCAAGCAUUUCGUGAGGUGUUCGGGCCUGAGCAUUCUGGCCGAGUUCGAUGUUUAGGAGCUGGUGCACUGCCUAGCCAAGUUUUUCCUGACCAAUAUAAGCGUAGCCAUUGCCAAGGAUAUGACACUGCUUCGGAUGCCACAGAAAAGUACAAGGAAAUGAAAGAAAAAAUAAAGGAAAUGGAAGCUAGGGAGGCAGAGCGAGAAGCACGACUACAAGCAAAAAUGGAAGCACGUGAAGCACAAAGGAAAAUCGAGAUGGAGCAAUCGAUGAGGCGGAUGCAGGAACAACAAUUCCAAAAUUUUAUCCGUAUUAUGCAAAGUAUGAUGGUUGGAACUGCUGGGGGAUCUCAAGGGCCCGAAACGUUACCGAGACAGAUGGCAAGUGUGAUGGCAGAAAUCAUGCAACAAUAUAUGAGUAUUCCAUCAAAUGCUUAA